AUGACUAUUGCUGCAUAUGCGUAUGAAACAAAUGAAGCAAGAAGAGCACAUGAACUAGUAAACGAAAACUCAACUUUAACCAUUGAAGGCAAUGAUUUAGUCAUUGACGAUGGAAAAACUAAAAAAGUCAUUGAUUUCGAUACUUUUAACACUUAUGACCCAUUCAUUACAAUAAGUAAAGUUCCUAUCAUAAAUGAUGGAACGGUGCAAUAUAUAAAUUCUACAGUAGAUGCCUCAUUAGUGAAAGUACUGAAUGUUCUCAUUGAAUUGUUAAAGAGCUUUCGAUUUGACGACAACAUUAAAUGCCUAAAGAAUUUAGUCAUGAAUGAGAAACAAAUUCUCGGCGUUGCUGGUAGCAGUAAUGAUGUACACCUUAUGACAUUAGAAUAUUAUAACGAACAUAAAGAUGAACUGAAAGGAGAGAAGGGUGACACUGGACCACAAGGACCACAAGGAAUACAAGGAAUACAAGGACCUCAAGGCGAAAACGGUUUGGAUGGAAAGGAUGGAAAGGAUGGAAAAACUGCUAAAUCAUGGAUAUGGGACCUUAUAAAUACUGGUUUAACAGCUGCUUCAUAUGGAGUUCUUCAAUACCAAAUCGGAAAGAUAUGGGCAGUACUUGGUGAAGAAGUUUUAGAUGACGUUAAAAAUGCUUUGAACUUCAUUUCAAAUGGUUCGGAUACUAUUAAAACUUUAUCUGGUUGGAUGCAAGAAACAAGGAGUCAAAUAGAUACUGUAAGACGUAUAGCAAACAAUGCACGUACGGGAUUGGAUACUUUACGAGAAGCACAAAAUACACUAAAGGAAGCAAAUGAUAUUCUUGGCUCAGUAUCAGACAUGCAUGAAGAUUGGCUUAAAGGUAUUGACAAAUCUUUAAAAAAUCACAGUCAGUCUAUUGCUGACUACAAGAAAAGUAUAGAUUUUUUACAUAGUGCUAUGGACGUACAUGAUGGAAGCAUAAGGAACUUACUUAAUGCUAACAAUAACUUACCAGGAACUAUUAAAGCAUUUAUAAAGUCCUUUGUAAAACCUGGUGCUCUAACA